AAGCGCUGUUGAUCUGUCAUUGUAAAUAGCGCUCUAAAAGUGAUAAAUUGUUGUUGUUGUAAACAGAUUUCGUUGGAAAGACCAUCGAUGGAUAACAUAUCUCAUGACCUAUUUUUCCUUGGGUCGAAAAGUGGUAAAUAAGGGAAAACAGUGCCCCUACGGUACCCCAACUCAGUAUUUUUCCGAUAUCCCAACUCCCCAUUGCCCAAACUGUUAAUUAACUAUCAAACUGCUUCAGACCAUCCCAGGUCCGAAAGUGGAGUGAGCAUUGAAAAGGGAGAAAGAAGGUCGUGCGGAAAAUCUCGUAAAGUGCGCUCUUAUCGGGCCUUUCGUCGGUUUCCUAUCGACCCGAUGCCAUUUUGAAAACCGAGAAAUCCCUGGAAAGAGGUUGAUGGCAGGUGCGUCGCAAAAAAGGCGCGAAAAAUAAAAUGGCACAGCGAGUGCAGCGGGCAAAACGUCGCGGCCACAAGAGAAUCUUCCAUGUUUCUCUUCACAAUUUUUCGUUCGAGGAUUUAACAACAGAGCCAAAUAUUGUUUCAAGUAAGAAUUCUUCAGAGCUGUCAAAAGCAGAAAACUUUCCUAGGCGAAACUCUAGGACAAUUAUCGGAUAGUUUUUACAAUUAAAUUUUUCAGUAAUGAAUAAUCGACCCGGCAGUAACCUUAGCGGGCGAAUAGUGCCAAUGUUUGCUUUAAAUAACAAGAAACGAUUAAGGCAGGCCUUGUACGCGAAUCCAACAACAGACACCUUUGAAGACUCUUCAGCAGUCAUGUUAGACAGUGCUGGAAGUGGAUGCCUAGAUGCUAGUGGAGCAACAAUACCACAGAAACGUUUUUCGCAACUUCAAGGGCUGAAUUCUUCAAACAAGGAGAAAAAUGCUGUCGGCAGUUCCUCUUUAAUGCAACAAAACCAUAAGUCGAUUGGUAGUGGUGGUAAAAUUGAAACUUCGCGGCCAUUCAUUGGACGUUACUAUGGUACUAAUCAAGGAGGAGCACAAGUUCGCCAGCCGAUAAAACAACAAAGCUAUUCCAUUCUCAACAAUAGUAUGGACUCCCCAACAACUAAUUCUUCGCCCAGUAAUAAGACGGCCAGGACUCUGCAACACCAGCCGGUCAAAGUUUUUCAAGGCCCUGGUAUAAAAGUUGAAAAACAAAAUAUGACCAAACAGAGAAGACCAGAUCUACAGGAUCAGAGUUUUCAGUCCAAGGUAGAGCAAUAUUUAGUCUACCUCAGGUUUACCGGUAGUCUAGACCAUGGCUUUACAGGAUUUCUACAAGCGGAAAAACAUUUUCACCUAAAAAGUACAUCAAGUGUCAAAUGGAGUGGAAAAAAUUGUGCCGAGGGAUCUAAAAUUCAUUCAUUACAGGAAUGGUCCACUAAACAAAUGAAUCUCAUGGCCUAUCCAAUAGACAAGUCUCUCAAGUUUUUAACAGCCACAGUUCAAAGUGUUCUUAAGUGGAAACAACAUGAAGACAAGGUCACUUCAAUUUACGAAGUGUUUGGAAUACUGGACUCACAAGUUUCCUUGAAUGCUGCUGGUAAUGGAAAAAAUUUCAUUAUCAAAGACAAAACUGGAAUUCUGAGGUGGACUUUUUGGGAAAUGGAUCGCCAACUUCCAAGGUUAACAAGAGGCCAAAUGCACAGGUGUGUAGGAUUCUUGGACAAAAAAAGUGGAACUUUUAAUUGUGUGUCCAUCAGACCAAGCAAGCAGACAGAACUGCUAUGUAUGGCAGACUUCUUAAAAGGAUCAGAGUUGGUUAUGCAACAACAGCUAGCCACCUUCAAGGAAGAUUGAAAAUUGGAAUAACUAACCAUUCAGGUCAAAUGAGUUUUAUUAACUGAAUCUCCAGAAAAUAAUGAAUAUUCUUCACAAAAGGCUGACAAAUAUACAGCUGAGAUGAUUUCUACCAAUGAUUUGCAUUUUUACUUUUGUUGCUACUUAGUUAUAUUAUUACCCUCAUUAUGACCACAAAAUUAAAGCGAAAAAAUGUUUUAUCAUGGCGUGUCAGAUAUUGUGAAAAUGUCUAUACAGCUUAGAAGUAAACAAGAAAUAUCUUCA